AUGGACUGGAAGAACGCAUCGAUGAGCGGGAACCUGACGUGGGUGAAGGGUACGGCGGCGUCCUCGCCGACUCAUGCAACUCUUUACUCUGAGCUUUCGCCAACACUUAUCGUGGGCUUCACGCCGCAUGAUGGCGCCCCAGCUGACUACGUCAAGUUCUCCAAUGUGGCCUCCGUGAUGCACAUGGCUCCGCACACCGUCCAACUGCGCCUUAGGGGAGCGGCGCAGCUCUCCUUAAUCGCCCCCGACGCUGCGGCAUGUCUUCAGUGGGUUGACGCCAUUAAUAUCGCCUUAUCUGGCACGCAGGGCGGCUCGGCGUCGGUGGGGAGAGUGGCGUCGGCAGUUGUCAGGCAGUCUCCACGAGAGCAAACUGUUUCCACGGCGGGGAGCGGCGUCGCCGGAUUCUCCGCAUGGAAAGAGCCGCAAAGAGUGCUUCAUCCCAACGAUGCAAGGAGUGUGAGCAGCGGAGCGCACGUGACGGAGCAUGGCGAAAGUGUUCCUCUGAAUGAUGCCACGAUGAGCUUAGAGAAUGUGGGGGCCAACAGGGGGGUUGCAGUGCGGCGAGCACAUGAUACUAACCCGAAUACCUCACAGUCCAUGGUCAACUCCCUCGGUUUUGCUCAUCCCCCGCAAUCUUCUAUGGUUCAUCAUGGCGUACCUGAACGGACCAUGCUUCCACAGCGGGCAGAGGAUGACACGUUUCUGCCACCUCCCGAAAGAGGUUUCAAGGAAGCUGCUGCGGUGAGCAGAACGACUGAGCCAAACUUGAGCCGCAUCAGUUCAGAUGUUGAUACAUCUUCGGAGAUGCGAAAAGGAGCGGCCUUGUUUUCUGGAAACCUCUCUCAAAGAGAAAAACUUCCUUCUGCUUCGAGUAACUACACUUCUCAGUUAAAGCCUCCUAUUUCAACACUCGGCCCUUCCGCCGUGGUCCCUUUGAGAGGAAUGGAGAGCCGUCGACCCACUGUUUCCAUGACUUCUGAAGAUCGAUGUGACAUGGAACGAGGGGGCUCGCACACGGCGGACCUUCGUCCUCCAGAGCCACCGCAUGGGCCAUUGUCGUUUGACAAGGCAGGAAUCGAGUUGUUUGGGUCCCGUUUGCCUGCCAAGGGUGAGUACUCCAGUCACCCUGAGGAAGUAGAAGCAAGAGGUGAAGAUAAGAAGCUAUCUCGUGGCGAUGCUGCGCUUUCUGCGCCCCACGUUGACGCCGAUGCAAGGAGCAACACUGUAAAACAGACGGUUGGGGUUCCAUCGUCGAAGGAAUUGCAGUCAGCUAACUAUGCGGCGCCGGUCUCAUUUCAGCACGGGGCGGCCACACCCGCUUUUGGGUCAGGUCGAUUCCCUGAGAGAAAACCGACGCAUGCCGACGCUGGCGUGACGAGGCAGGCCGUUCUUGGGGCGACGGAGGUAGAAGAAGCGUCAGGCAGGGACGCGUUGGCAGGCCCCCAUAGCCGCCAAGUGAAUGAAUUUCUUCCUCCCCCCGCUUGGCAGUCGCGCGGCAAUGCGAGGUCGCCGUUGAAGAGUAAAACCCCACCAGAGACAUCGGGCGUGGAUCGGCCGCGUGAGGGAUACAGAUACCACAGUAAUCGUACGAAAAGUAGUACUCCUCAAACGACGUUGGCGGAGUCAAUUAUCGACCGAAUUAUUAACGUCUCUCCUCGUAGUGCUCCGUACGCGAAAUCUUCUCCCGCAGUAUUCUCGCCUGGGAUUGACACUCCCUCUGUACGUUUGCCAUUGCGAGAGAGGGACGGUUACUAUCGCCCCAUUGAAGCCGCCGUGGCGGUGAUACCGCGAGACAGCGCAUCUGGCGUUAGGGGCGUGUUGGGGCGGUCAAGCGGCAUGAAGAGUGACUGGCCGCGAAACGUGACUGAACGCUGCCGCGCAAGCGAUUUACUCCCUCCAAAACAAUGGGGUGCGGGGCCUUCUAUUGCUCCCAGAUACACGGAACUGUACCGGGGAAGGAGCCCUCCUACGGUGCACAACGAUGCGCGUGAGCGUCACACAGCGAUGCAGUCGCCGGCUUAUCGACGCCCGGCAGAGCACACAUCUUAUAGUGCCGCUCGGUCGUCCUCACUGAGUGGCGUAGGGGUUGUAAGGGGCGGACCGACAUCACCUCGCUCGCGCCGUGAGAGCUUCCAAGGUGCGUCGUCGCGAGACUCCGGCAGGGUGUCAAGGCGGAAGAAAUUGGGACGCAAGAGGAGGGGCGGGGCUCUACAGCCAGCUGCCCUCUUCCUGAUGGAGCCCAGACUAUUCAAGAAGCACACGAUCCAGGGCCGCCGUGGCUCCGAACACUAUGUGUGUAUGACAGAAGACGGUGCAUGUAUUGUGUGCAUUCCUGCGCGGGAAUUUGAGACGCAGUAUGCAAGGCGUCAGCGAAGGCUUGCUUCAUUGGAGGAAGUGCUGUGCGUGUACGGCGAUGGGUGUCGGGCAAUGGAACUGAGAAGCAUUGAUCAUGUCUCGCUUGGGAUGGAGGAGGAAUGGACGCACGGUUUGGAUCUACAAGUUGUGGGGCUGGAUAGACUCGUCUGCGUUGUGUCUCGUUCGCAUGCCCUCCUUCUGGAGGCUGCUACAGCUGCUGGGGCAAAUAAUUUCGUGGAGGCGUUGAAUGCGUGUCUGCUUGAAUAUGCCUAG